AUGGUCAUUGGGAAUGCUAACCGCCUUGGCGGUACCUUUUCGGCUAAUCCCGAGAAGAGCCCGGGGCCGCAGAAACUCAACCUCGCAGAACACCCAACUUUCGACACGCAUUGCCAUUGCCCCACCACUUCGUCCAUCAUGAGCUCCCUCCGCAUCGCCCGAGCCGCCCUCCGCGCGAGGCCCGCUGCCAUUGCCCGCCCCAUCCAGCGCAGAGGGUACGCCGAAGUCGCCAACGACAAGAUCAAGCUCUCCCUAGCUCUCCCGCAUCAGUCCAUCUACAAGUCCCAGGAUGUUGUCCAGGUCAACCUCCCUGCGGAAACCGGUGACAUGGGUGUUCUGGCCAACCACGUUGCCUCCAUUGAGCAGCUGAAGCCCGGCCUAGUCGAGAUCAUCGAGGAGCAGGGUGGCAGCAAGCAGUUCUUCCUGUCUGGUGGAUUCGCUACCGUGCAGCCAAACUCCGUCCUCAGCAUCAACGCCGUCGAGGGCUACCCAUUGGAGGACUUCAGCGCCGAGGCUGUCAGGAACCAGAUCGCCGAGGCACAGAAGAUUGCCAGCGGAAGCGGCAGCGAGGCCGACAUUGCUGAGGCCAAGAUCGAGCUUGAGGUCCUUGAGAGCCUCCAGGCUGCGUUGAAGUAA